GACAAGGAGAAACGUCACUGUUGAAGUGUCGCUUGUGCGCAUGCUCAGUCUGUAACCGGAAGUGGUUAAUCCUAGGCAGGUUCCAGGCCCAAAGCGUCGGGAAGGAUUUCUAUGGAAGAGAUGUCAGGAGAGAGUGCUGUGAGCUCGGCUGUGCCGGCUGCGACGACCCGGACCACCUCGUUCAAGGGGUCGAGUCCGAGCUCCAAGUACGUGAAGCUGAACGUGGGUGGUGCUCUGUACUACACCACCAUGCAGACCCUCACCAAGCAGGACACCAUGCUGAAGGCCAUGUUCAGCGGCCGUAUGGAGGUUCUUACAGACAGUGAAGGCUGGAUCCUGAUUGACCGAUGUGGGAAACACUUCGGCACCGUCCUGAAUUACCUGCGUGACGGCGUGGUGCCUCUGCCUGAGAGCAGGAGGGAGACCGAGGAGCUGCUGGCUGAAGCCAAGUACUACCUGGUGCAGGGUUUAGUGGACGAGUGUCAGGCUGCAUUGCAGAACAAAGACGCCUACGAGCCUUUCUGUAAAGUGCCCUUAGUGACGUCACCUAAAGAAGAGCAGAAGCUCAUCGCCACCUCGAAUAAGCCCACAGUAAAACUCCUGUACAACAGAAGCAACAAUAAAUACUCCUACACCAGUAACUCGGACGACAACAUGCUGAAGAACAUCGAGCUGUUUGAUAAGCUCUCUCUGCGCUUUAACGGCCGCGUGCUCUUCAUCAAGGACGUGAUCGGAGACGAGAUCUGCUGCUGGUCGUUUUACGGUCAGGGCAGGAAGAUCGCCGAGGUGUGCUGCACCUCCAUCGUCUACGCUACCGAGAAGAAGCAGACCAAGGUGGAGUUCCCGGAAGCGCGGAUCUACGAGGAGACUCUGAACAUCCUGCUGUACGAGUGUCAGGACGGCCGCGGGCCCGACAACGCGCUGCUGGAGGCCACAGGGGGCGCCGCGGGACGCUCGCACCACCUGGAUGAGGACGACGAGCGCGAGCGUGUGGACCGCGUGCGCAGGAUCCACGUCAAGAGACCUGACGAUCGCACGCAUCACCACCAGUGACCUCCAAAGCUUGUUUUACCUUCAACCCCUGUGCCUUAAUUACACCCUUCCACCAUCCCCCCCAUUCUCUCUCUCUCUCUCUCUCUCUCUCUCUCCACACUGUGUACGAGCGAGAGAGAGGUGACGUGACGUUCAGAGAGCUCCGUUUCCACUCCUCCUACGUUUUCUAACUGAAGUCAUGAUCACUUGAUGCUUGAUUCGCGUCCCACAUGCGGUUCCUCUUCCAUCCCCGGCGUACUGCUCUUCUCAUCUUCUCAUCACAUGGAGCUCAUUGUGGACUGAUGGUGUAUUUGAACAGGGAUGAAGUUGAACAGCAGAAGGAUUUGAGGAGUGUACUCUCAGCAGCACCACACGCUCAGAGCUGUGAUCAGACAGUGUGUAGAUCUAAAAUGAUGAGAUGAUGAAGGUUUUGAUGAGUAUCCUGCUCUCCAUGUGUUUUAAACUCUGAGAAUAGAGAUGGAGGGAAAGAGUGAAGUGUGUGACCCUGUCCACCAGAGGGCAGCAUAGUCUCGUUUUGCUGUGUUGAGCAGCAGAUGAGGGAAAGUGCAUCAUGACCCUGUGUGGUGUUUAGGCAGCAUGUUCUCUGUGUUUCUGCCCAGCUGAAGGGAUGAGUGUGAACCAGUAAGGUAUCUAAACUCUGCUGAAGGAACGUUCUUCUCGUUCUCCCCACUCUGUUCCUGGAUCAGCAGAAACGUUACUCCAUGUCAUUGUUUUAUCUGCAGUAUGGAAGCGGAUCCGAGAUCAGCUGCGUGUUCUGUAGUAUUUCAGUUGAAACACGUGAUCACGUGUUCUCUCACUAGUUUUAUUAAAGGCACAUGAUGUAAUCUGUAUUGUGUAGAGAUGUUUGUACAGAUGUGCACAUGACUUCAUGUUUUACAUACAAUUAUAUUUAUACACUGCUUACUACAAAUAAAUAUUUCUAUAAAGUU